AGUAAUCAGUUGGAGCUGAGCUCUUCCCCUGAAUGAAUCCAAGUAACCCCGGUGGUUGCCUUCUGAAAUGACCAGCAGACACACAUCUGUACAGAGGCUGCCCGAAGUAUAAACUCUGGUUCUAAAGUACCAUGUCCAGCCAAGGAAGUCCCGGAGUGGAGUUUUCUACGACAACAGUCAGUUCAGUAGCUGUGCAGGCUGGGGACUCUAAAAUCGUAAUAGCUGUCAUAAAGUGUGGCAAGUGGAUACAACUUCAGCUGGCUGAAUCACAGCCCAAUAUUCUAGAAAUUGGUAGCAGUCAAGAUGAAACCAAAAAACUUCUUCAUGAUCAUGAACUUCUUUUGGCCAAGCUCAAGGCUUUGGAAGAUCGGGUAUGGGAACUCUUGCAGGAAGCAGACAAGACAGCUGAGGAGAACAAGGAUCAGAGUCAGGUCUAUGAUGCCAUGGCCAAAACCCUGGGUGAAGCAUGGGCAGCCCUGGUCUCUAUGCUUGAAAGAAGAAGGGAGCUCCUCAGGUUGACCUCAGAAUUUUUUGAAAGUGCCUUGGAGUUUGCCAUUAAAAUAGAUGAAGCUGAAGAUUUCCUCCAGAACACCCAGGAGUUCGAGAGUGCUGAGUCCUUAAAAUCGCUCCUUCAGCUUCAUGAACAUCACACCAAAGAACUCUUAGAACGAUCUCUGGCCCUUUUAAACAAAAGUCACCAACUCACUGACUUCAUAGAGAAAUUCAAGUGUGAUGGACCUAAUGUAAACCCCGAGUUGAUCCAGGGAGCUCACAACAGCUGCAUGAAGAUUGACAGCCUUCUUGAACUUCUACAAGACAGGAGACGGCAACUGGACAAGUUCCUGAAGCAGCAGCGGCAGGAAUUGAGUCAAGUUCUGCAGAUAUGUCAGUGGGACCAACGAGAAAACCAGGUUACUUGUUGGUUUCAGACAACCAUAAAAGAUUUACGGGAACAAAGCCUAGGUUCCUCACUUUCAGACAAUGAGGAGCUAAUCCGUAAGCAUGAGGAACUGAAAAUAAAAGCAAAGGAAUGGAAUUCCACUGUUGAGGGGCUGAAGAGUGAGGCACUUGAGAUCCUGCUGUCCAAGGACCAUGUGGAGAGAGAACACCUACAGGUCUCUAACCAGAAACUGAAUCGGCUUCAAGAAGAAUUUGGUCAGCUCAUCGUGGAAAGGAAUACCUGGUUAAAAAAGGCAAAUGAGUUUUUUAACAGCGCUAACAAGGCAUUUGAUGUGCUUGGAAGAGUUGAAGCUUAUCUUAAGCUCCUUAAAUCAGAGGGUUUAAGUCUGCCUGUCUUGGCAGCAAGGCAUGAGGAGUUACACAGAGAAAUUAAAGAGUGCACAGCUGAUGCUUUGCAGAAGGGGCAAGCCUUAAUCAGCCAAGUAGACUCCUGCAGCUCUCGGGUGACCGGUGUCCAUGAAAUGAUGGGAUGCAUUCAGAGACGAGUGGAUCAUCUGAUCGAACAGUGUUCAGCGCACAAGGAAUUUGCUCUUAAGAAACAGCAAUUAACAGCCUCAGUGAAGGGCCACCUAAGGAAGGUGGAAAUGUCAAUUCAGAAAAUCAGUCAAGUACUUUCCAAUGCAAUGGAUGUCGGUUCCAGCCUUUCUGAAUCAGAGAAGAUUUUGAGUAAAUACUUGGAGCUGGAUAUCCAAGCUAAGGACACAGCACAAGAAUUAGAAGCAGCUGCAAAACUUAUGACAGAGAAAAAUGAAUUUGAGCCUGAUGAAGUGGCAUCGCUUUCUUUUAAAGCUAAAUGGCUGAAGGAAGAAUUAAGCGUACUUGGCCAAAGCCUCGCCUCCAGGUCACAAGUCCUGCAAACUUAUGUGGCAUUUCUAAAGUCAUCAGAGGAGGUGGAGGAGCAGUGUCAGAGCCUAAAGGAGUUUUACCAAACUGAAAAUCCGCGGAGGGAAGAGGAUACUGCCGAAGCCAGACACCGACCUGACUCUGCUGAGCAGUGGCAGCUCUUCUUAAAGAGGGGUUUUUUAACCCAAGACCUAGGGCUUGACUUCCUUAAUUUAAUAAAUAUGCAACUGAAUGAUGAGGUUCAGUACAUUAUACAAGAAUCAGAAGAAUUAAGUGGCAAAGGAGCUCCUGUGAAAGACAAGUCCCAACAACUGAAGGACCUCAUUCACUUCCAUCAAAAACAGAAAGAGAGAAUCCUAGACUAUGAGGACACCCUGUACAAGACAGUGCAGUUCCACCAAGUCAAGGAAAAGCUAGAACAUCUCAUCAAAUCAAGAGAACUGGAGUUUCUAGAUCAGCCCAAGGAACUGGAUAACGCUCACGAUGCCCAGCUUCACCUCAGCCGCUCUCAGGAAAAGCAGGCACACAUAGACCAUCUCCACAAACUGGCACUUUCCCUGGGAGUGGGCAUCAUCUCAUCAGUGCAGCGGCCGCUCAAAGAGUCAUUCAAAGAUACCAAAAAGAAAUUCAACAAUUUGAAGUUUAAUUACACUAAGAAAAAUGAAAAAGCUCGAAAUCUGAAGGCUCUUAAAUAUCAAAUUCAACAAGUUGAUAUGUAUGCUGAAAAAAUACAGACUUUGAAAAGGAAAAUGGAAAAAGUUGAGAUUAAAACUUCUGAUUCUUUCUUAAAUUAUCCAAAUAAUAAAGGUAAUAUCCUUUUGGAAGCCAUGAAGGAUUUGCAAAAACAUGUGAAUGAGUUUGACAGAGUUGUAACAGAUUACAAGAAAAAUUUGGACCUGACAGAGCAUCUCCAGGAGCUGAUAGAAGAGUGUCAUUUUUGGUGUGAAGAUGCAAGUGCCACCGUUGUAAGAGUUGGAAAAUAUUCCACAGAGUGCAAGACAAAGGAAGCUGUGGAAAUUCUCCACCAGCAGUUCAAUAAGUUUAUCAUCCCCUCAGUGCCUCAGCAAGAAGAAAGGAUUCAGGAAAUCAGUGACCUCGCUCAGCGAUUAUAUGGUUUUGAAGAAGGGCAGAAAUAUGCUGAGAAAAUAGUGGCAAAACACAAAGAGGUUCUUGAAUCUAUUACUGAAUUAUGUGGCUCUCUCACAGAGCUUGAAGAAAAGCUGAAGCAGGGAGACGUUUUAAAGAUGAAUCUGAAUUUGGAAGACUUCCAUGAUGAUUGCAUUGACCUACUGAAAGAACCAGUGAGGAAUAAGCAGACAGUAUUCAAUGAAGAAAUGAAUAAGGAACAGGCUACGGUAGCCGAUAUUUCGGCCAUGGAUGGAACAAGAGGAAGAGGAAGUCAGCUUCCCCAGGACCCGAAGCAGCUGUCCUCUGGCAGAGAGGGUGGUGUCCAAGGCCUGCUCCUGCCUUCAGACAUGCUUGUAGAAGAACAUGAGUGUGUCUCGCCUGAUGACAUCUCUUUGCCUCCACUCCCAGAGAGCCCCAACUCCCCCCUCGCACUGUCUGACAUGGAGGUGGAAGAGCCUGCCAGCCCCGCCCUCAGCCUUCACAGAAGCAACUACAGGAUGCAGAAGGGGGCCAGUGGUCCAGGGGAGGCCCAGGAAUCUGUUCUUUCACCACCUCCUGCUUUUGCUGAUACUUGCAGCGAUAAGAGAGAAACAUUUGCAAGUCAUUUUGAGAGGCCUUACCCUCAGCUCGAAGCUGAGCCUCCACUAACCCCCAGAGGAUUUCUGGAAAAGAAUACUGGCAUCUGCGAAAUCAGUGCUAAACAUACAGAGAGCAUGUCGCGUGAAGUGCAUGAGAGAGCUUUACAGCAGCACCCGCAGGCUCAGGAAAGUUUGUUAGAAACACAGGCGAAAAUGCAUGCUGAUGAUAACGUCACUAAAACCCGAGAUAGGCUGCAUGCUUCCCAGGACGCAGUCUCAGGCCUUGGGUUUCAGUCAGGCCCCAGCCUGGCCUAUCAGAGGCAGAUAGUUUCCCAAGAAGAGAUUAGAAGCACAUCGGCAAAGAACAGCGUGGUCAGCCUAGCUGGCCAGGCACCUCAUUUCUCCAGGCUCCUGUCUAAUGUAACUGUUGUGGAAGGUUCUCCAGUGACUUUGGAAGUUGAAGUGACAGGAUUUCCAGAGCCUACACUGACAUGGUACAAGAAAGGCCAGAAAUUGUCUGCAGAUGGACACUUACAGGUUUUACACAAGGAGACAAGACAUUCAGUGUUCAUUCCGAAGGUAUGCGGGGCAGAUGCAGGCCUCUAUGUGGCUCGGGCCCAAAACUCUAGUGGCAUUCUCUCUUCCAAUGUCAUCCUCCAUGUGACAAGUAACUGCAGUCCACCAAUCACAAGAAUAACCUGGAUAACGCUGUGUGUCAUCUAUGUUAGUGUGUCCCUCAUGUACUGGCUGCUCGUACAGUGACUGUGCGAUUGGCACCCAUGGACGUUAUUCUCAGAAGCCUAAAGGACAAUACCGUUUCUUUUCCUGCACCUUCCACAAAGCAUCCCUGACCAAGUGUACCUGCAUUCUGACCCUAUGGCUUGUUUAGCUAAUACUAUGGCUCAGUGAAGUUACCCAGUUUUCUUUAGUGCUUUAAUCUAUUUGAAGAGCUUGGUAAAUUAUGUGCAGUGGGUAAUGAUACAUUUUUGUAUUCUAGAAGGAGAUGUGUUCAAUACAAAACACAGUAAACUUAUGUUUAUUCCCUUCUAAUUUGGGAGCAUGCAGAUCAAGGCUCACAACAUAGACAUGUGAGUCACAUUUCAAAUCCAAUUGUUCGAAAAUUUAUUUUUAAUUGUAUUCAUAAAUAUCUCCUUGUAGAAUAACAGUAGAAAUAUUGAACUGAAAUUGUAAUUUUUAUUAUUGCAUUAGGUGGCCUUUACUUUUGUUUUUUCAUGUCUUGAUCUCAUUUAUUGAAAUACAUUCUAUGUAGUUUCUACAUAGCCUACAUUCCUGAGUCGGGGGAUGCUGCUGUAAAUAAUCGCUCCUCAUGCAGAUCUCAUGGGUUUGACAUUAGAGAACAGAUGUGUCCCUCGACUUUAAAUGGAGUUUCAAACAUCCAUCAGCUAUGCAUGUCAUAGAGUGAGACGGAGCACAGUCUGUGGGAAUGGGCGGAUAUUGUUCUUGUCAUUCCAUUGACGUGUUUUGGGCAGCCAUGUAUAUGCAACUUCAACCAGUUCCUCCUGCUUCUAAUUUUGAUUCUGCUGCGGACCAUUUUUGCAGCCAAUGGUAAGGCAUCUUGGUGCCUCAGUUUCCCAUUCAGAAAAUGGGCUCAUCAUCUACCUCUUGGGCAACUGAAAGUCUUCAUUUUAUGUCCUAUAAAUAUCUGGAAAAUGUAAAGCACACUAUGAAGGUUAAGGGUGAUUAUAUUGAUUACUGUAAUCUGUCAUAACAUUGCCUCCUGCCCACUAUUUCUCUUUCAGAUGUUGUUUCUUUAGAAUAUUAAAGGAGUGGCGUUAGUUUGUGAUCUCCAACUAUUCCCAUAUUAGAAAAUGAUGUUUUAUGAAUUGGAGCUUAAAUUCCUUUCUAAUUUCUCAAGACUACAUACUUUUCAAAGACUUGAAAUUAAAUUCAGGAGGAUACGUUUAGUAUGAUCUAGGAGGGAAAAGUGUGUAGUAAAAUGACAUAAGAUGAAUCCUAUCCUUUUUCAUAAUUAUCACUUUAAAAUUGAAGAAUGUUCUAUGCCUUUAUAAAAUAUAUUAUUCAAAAAAGGUCAUCUUUUGGGCCCCCUUUGAAAAUAAACAUGAAUAACAGAGGCAUUUGUCUUUUAGAUUUUAAGCAUCAUCUUUUCAUGCUAGGGAAAGUCUUUCGUUGAAAGAAUAAUUCAUUGUAGUUUUUUGAUGAAGAGAAAGAAUUAAUUAUGUUGCUGUAAGGAUGUCUACAAAUAAUAAAAAUAUUUAAAUGUAAUAUAUUCAAGUUGAUAUUAAGUUACUGAAUGUCAUCUAAAGAUGUGAAAUCUGUGGUUGGGUAAAACGUUUGCAUAUUUUUUUCUUGUGCUGCAUGUUCACUUUAAUUAAAAUAUUAAAUCUCUUAAUUUUCUUCCAGAUUUUGACAGCAACCUAUUAAAAGCAUAUAUAUACAGCAUCCUAAGGGAUUCAUAGUCUUUUAACUCUCCUAUGCUUUUUGUCCAGUUUCAAGUAUUUUGCAUAUCUCGCCUAACUGCUAUUUCCAUGUUGAAGCAAAAGAAUGAGACCUAUUCAUGUCCCAACAAGGCAGGUAGGACCGUGUAACAAAUUCUUGCCCCACUGCCUCUUUCUUGUUAAUUUAAUGGGAUCUCCUUUCCCUAUACAUAAGCUUGGUUGCAUUUGUGGCUCAGGGUUGUUAGGGCACUGGAAUUGCUGGUUUGUUUUCCCUGUUGCAUGCCAGGUAAUGUUAAUCCUUUGUGGAACAGGGUGGGAUAUACAUGUAUUCACAGUGUAUGAACAAAUAAGGCACAUAAAGCCCCUGAUAUUUUAAUGUAUAUAUCAAAUAUAAGAUUAUACAUGCAUACAGAGAUAUAAAUGUACACACAUACAUAGAGCUGAAAUAUUGGGAAAAAGCAUGAUGCUGAUAUUCAAGAUAUAUUUCAGAUAGCAGUCUGUAUAUCAGUCUCUAUCUGCCUGUCUAUCUAUCUAUCUAUCUAUCUAUCUAUCUACCUACCUACCUACUUAUCAUCUGUCUGUCUACGUACGUACCUACCUAUUUUUCUGGGCUAUUGAUUGACUAUCUAGUAAUUCCCAGAGCAAUGAAGAAUACUUAGCUAUUCAGUGUUCUGGCUAUAUUUUAACUUUAAAGACUUAAAUAUAAUUUUCCUUUUUGCUAAGACUUCUGUCUUCAUCCAAAAAUUCUCCUAUUGAAAGUCUGAACUAAAGUUAUUUUUAAGAAAGAAAAAUGUAGGCAUUUCAAAUGAUUCUAUUUAAAGAUAUAUACAUGAUUUAUACCCAUUUACUUCUCGAGAAAAUUCUGGACAGCUGGUAAUAGCAAAACACUUCUCAACAAGAAAAUGAAAAGAAAAAGAGCAUAUGCACUUGACACCUUAAAAAAAUGCAACACAAAAUGUGUGUCUGGGCUUCCUGUAAGGCAAAAUCACUGAGUUUUCCAGUUCUGAUUUUCUAAUAAAAGGAUGUAUAAACAUUUGGCAAUCAAGUUUCUCUCACACUGAAUUCCAGGAGAAAUUUAUUGUAUGAAUCCUAACAUUGGAAUAUCUGCAUAUUUUAUAAUAUGUAGAAUAUUUGGGGGAAAAACAGGAACAUUUAACUAUUUCUUUCAAUAAUGUUAACCAUCACUUAUAAUCAAGACAUAGACUUAAAACAGGUUGCUGCAAGAACCUUCUAAUUGCUUCACUUAAGUUUAAAUCCCUUCAAGUAGCAUAUCCAAAGCUCUUUAGUAACUGACCUCCCCUUCCUAGCCUCUGUUCCAUCCCUUCUGAUCUCUCCUCCAAAGCAACAUUUAACUUCAGGUUUUUACCCUAUCAUGUUCUUUCUUGUCUCCAGUCCUUUCUUCCUGAUUUAUUUAACGUAUUAUAUAUAGAACUCCCUUACUCUACUCUAACCUGUCUACAUGUGGCUUAACUCCUGCUUAUUUUUCCAGUUUCAUUUGAGAUGCACCAUCCUCCAGGAAGUCUCCUGACCACACGUCGCGUGUAGAUGUCCUUGCUGUGUGCACUGUCAGCACCAGGGCUGCCCAUGUCUUGUCUCUUAAUACAUAGCAUCGGAAUUGCAUGUGCUAGCAUCUGUCUACUCUGGCUAGAGUAUGCGGUCCUCAUCAGCUGCAUCUUAACAGCACUGUUCAUCAUUAUAUUCCCAGCACGUAAGACAUAGUCACACUUAAUAUUAUAUUUCUUGAAUUGUUGUCAUAGGUAAACAGAGAUAAACUUAGCUUGCUUUCCUUUCUUUUUUCCCCCUUCUUUGGAGAGGAGUGGGGGAGGAGGUGUAAAAAGAGGAGGACGUAUUUGUUACCUGACUAUUCUUUCUUAUUAUGAACAUUAGCCAGUCACAAUCAGCUUCCAGCCAUGACAUAUAAAACACUGUUAUCUAAUCUAUAAAACUUAAUUGAGAACACUCCUGAUCCCCAGGGGCUAGACCCUGAUUAAAAAUUUAAACUUAAAGAUAGAUGCUGGCUCUAGUGGUCAAAAUAACACUGAGGAGAGAAGAGGCAAAAUCCAGGAUCAUGGUUCCAACAUUUUAAAGCACAUGUAAUCCGGCACAAAUCAUCUUCAGGUGUAAGUGGAAAAGUGGGUGUCUGCACUCUCAGUGACUGCCUACCCGCCCAAACCAGAAUUUAGGUACUUCUUUAGAACAUGGCACAAAUUAUCACUAUUUUUAUGUAGCUGGGGCUCAGUAAUCUGGUUGCAAACAGAUCUUAUUUGGAACCAGUAUUUCAUUCAUAUGUGUAGAUAUUUUGAAAAGCCAAAUCCAAGAAUUUAGAUGAUUUGAAUU